AUGAAGACUGGUGUUUGGAAUAUCAGAGGCCUUAACAUGCCUUUGAAACAAAAUGGGGUCAAGGACCUCAUUAGGAAAAAUAAUUUGGAUUUAAUGGGGAUUUUAGAAACAAAGCUAUCUAUGGAAAGUUUGGAAAAAAUGAUGAAUAAGGUGUUCCUCUCAUGGAACCAAGUCAAUAACUUUGACCUUCAUGAGGUUGGAAGAAUCUCAAUCCUUUGGAUCCCACUCAAAGUGAAGCUGCAAGUCCACCAUAAAAGUGAGCAAGCCAUCCACUGCCUUGUUAAAUGCCAGGUAACCUCAAAUGAAUGUUUACUCAGUUUCAUAUAUGGUUUUAAUACAAUUGUUGCUAGAAGACCACUUUGGAUGGAUAUUAUCCACACUGGAUCUGGUAUCUCUGGUCCUUGGAUGCUAGCUAGGGAUUUUAACUGUGUUCUGAAUAAUGAGGAGAAAAAGAAUGAGGUGCAAGUGACAGUAUACGGUGUGGAGGAUAUCAGUGAGUGUUUAACUGUGGCUGGGCUGACUGAUCUGAAGUCAACUGGGAGCUUUCUUACAUGGUCUAAUGGGAGAGUCUGGUGUAAUCUUGACAGAGUCAUGGUAAAUCAGGCCUGGUACUUGAAUGGCUGGCUGUCUCAGGUGCACUUCCAAUUCCCUGGGAGUCUAUCUGACCACUCAGUGUCUCUGGUAUCUCUAUUUUCUGAUUUGGAGGUGGGUAGGCACCCCUUCAAAUUCUUUAAUAUGUGGACAGUACAUCCUGAGUUCCUGGAAAAAGUCAAAGAAGUGUGGCAAAGGUCUGAUGAGGGGUAUAGACAAUUCUGUUUUGUUAAGAAGCUUCAAGCCUUGAAGAAACCACUGAGAUCUUUAAAUGCUCUCCAUUUCUCCCAUAUCUCUGUUCGGAGUGAAAAGGCAAAUACUGAGCUGGUGGAAAUUCAGAGUAAACUACAUGAUGACCUGACAUGCCCUGAUCUGCAAAAGGAAUUGUAUAGAAAGAAAGAUGCUGCAGUAAGGUUAGAAAAUGCUAACAGGUUGUUUCUUACAUGUUUUAUGAGUUCUGGAGGGAGAAGAGUCAUAAACUGCCUUGGAUAA